GCAAAUGCGAGCGUUGCUAGUUUUCGUAUCUUUCAGUUUGUUUGAUCAGUUCGAAAUGUAAAGUUGAAGUCGCAAGCGAAAAAUUUUCAAAUUUUGUGCAAACAAAAUUUUAAGUGAAAAAGUUAAAAAAAAAAUUAAAUAAAAUUGUUGGUACAAUAAAAAACGAAGUCGAAUUAAAUGCGAAGAACAUACAUACGUACGAUUAAGCGUGAAGCUAACUGUAAUUUAUGAAACGAGCUCGAAGUUCGAAGGACCUUUUGAGAAAAGUGCGUGAAAAUUUUUUUAUUUUUUUUAUGAAGCAGCACUUUUUGGGGUUUAAAACUAAAAAGUCUGGUCUGUUAGUAAAGUACAAAACAAUAUAUAUAUAUAUAAUAAAUACAUACACACAUAAGUGAAUAAGAACAAAAUUGUGCAUAACCUAAAAAUCAAUAAGCCAAAAACAAUAAAUGUUGCUACAUUGUUGAGGAAAAUUGCAGGAAAUUGCAAAAUUUGCAGAAAGAGAAAAAAAAUAACAGAAAAUUCGUUUAAAAGUUGUUCCACAAACAACACAAACAUUUUUACGAAAACUAUAGAAAAUACAUACAUACAUACAUACAUGUAUGAACCUCCAUGUACGUAGUAUAAUACCACACAAACAAUCGACAUAUAUAGAGAUUUUUACAUAUAAGCAAGCAAAGCGACGUAAUCGAUGCCAACCAAACUCACAUAAAAAUCGUUUACAAAUUGAAACGCUUACAAAACGAGCUAUCGAAUAGAGUCAACAACAAUGCACUAACAUACAUAUGUAAUAGUAUUAUUGGUGCAAAGUAACGACGUAAAUAUGUUUAUACAUCAUAUGGGUAUAAUGUUGACGAGAUAAAUAACGUUUUAGUUGUUAAGAGCACAUAAAUACAGUUUACAAAAACAAAAAGAAAAUAUAAAAAAUUAAAAAAAAAAAACAAUAACAAAAGUGUGCAAAACAAAUGCUCAAGGUGUACAAGUAAAGCGUUAAAGUGUCAAUUACAAACCGUCAAAGUGUUGCUUAAACACACAAAGCAGAAACAACAAUAACAACAACGAAAAUUAAUAAUUAAUACGAAGCAACAAACUCUAUUCAACCAAGAGUGCAAAAUAUACAGAGAAACAAAUAUAUAUUUUCGCUUUUAAAUCAACUGAAAACAACAAAUAAACAACAACAAAAUGUUGCUGCCACACACCAUACUCCUCACACUGCUGCUCUGUUGCCAAGAAUUGACUACCGCCUGGGCGACACGUCUACCACUGGAAGUGUACGAGCUGACAGCAGCCGCGGCGGCAGCCAGCAACGCAGCCGAUGAUGGCAGCACAAAUAAUUAUACGCGGCAUCGAAAUUUGGAAUAUGCAACGGUGGAUGCGAAAAUGUUGCAACAUGCGACGGCAGCAGCAGCAGCGGUGACUGCGGCGACAAGAACAACAACAAAAAGUACUAUACAAAGCCAAGCGGCAAUUGCAACAGAUUUGCCAGCAGGUGUGCCAUCGCAACAACAGCAAGAGCAAGAGACGAGUGAUCUUCAUGCUGAUCAUCGUCGCUCACGCCAGAUGUUGGAGAUCAUUGAACAGCAACAACGUGAACAUCAACUGCAACAACAACAACAACAACAAUUACAGCAGCAGCAUAAAUACCAUCGUGAGUCUCUGUUACAGCAACAACACCAGCAGUUAAAGCUCAGCAAAGCCACAAAUCCAUAUGCAACAUAUGAGAAGGAUAAUAAUAGUUAUAACAGGCAGCGGCACGGUAGCGGCGGGGAGAGACGCAUUGGUGGCGUACAGGAUGUGCGUAUACUCUAUCAAGUUGGGGACUCCGAGGACGAUUUGCCGAUUUGUGCGCCGAACGCGGUAUGUUCAAAAAUCGAUUUGUACGAAACACCAUGGAUCGAGCGUCAGUGCCGUUGUCCCGAAUUAAAUCGCCAGCCACACAUUAUACUACAUCAUCACACGCAUCACAGCGCCAGUGGCUCAGGUGAGCUCACAUCACACGACAAAUAUCGCAGCUACUAUGAAAAGGAGCGACUUUUGCAAUAUAAACGUUUACUCGUUGGUGAUUACAAUGAUAAGAAAUUCGAACAAAUGCAUUUGAAAAAGCUUAUGCAGCGUUUGGGUGCCGUGUAUGAAGAGGAUCUACAUCUGCAGCCGAGCGACUAUGCCUCCCCAUCAUCUGGCUCAUCAAAUAGCGAGGACAAUGAUGCGCUGCCUAAUUCACAGGAGGACGAGUUGUUGAGCGAGCUGAGCGAUAAUGAAUUUCCACACACACCUUCCAGACGCAAUUACUACAGCGUAGAGUCGAGUACGGCGCAUAUGCGGCACUCGGGUCAUAAUGGGCAUCGUGCGAAGGAGCCGAUUAGCUUUAUUGGUGGUUGUCCGAGUGCUUUGGGCGUCGAGGAUGGCUAUACAAUUGCCGAUAAGACGCGUCACUAUAAGAUGUGUCAGCCGAUACAUAAAUUACCCGUUUGCAAACAUUUCCGUGAUUACACAUGGACGCUGACCACUUCAGCGGAGCUAAAUGUGACGGAGCAAAUCGUACACUGUCGUUGCCCGAAGAAUUCGGUGACUUAUCUGACGAAGCGAGAGCCGACUACAGAUGGGGCGAGUGGCUACACUUAUCUCUUUGCUUGUUCACCAAUUACUCGCAUACGCUGCCAACGCAAACAACCAUGCAAACUCUUCACGGUACGCAAGCGUCAGGAAUUCCUCGAUGAAGUCAACAUCAACGCGCUCUGCCAAUGCCCGAAGGGUCAUCGCUGCCCUAGCCAUCAUACGCAAUCGGGAGUUAUACCCGGCGAGAGCUUUUUGGAGGAUAAUAUACAAACUUAUUCGGGUUAUUGUAUGGCCAACGAUUGAUCUACCACUUGGGCGGUGACCGUGGACAAAAGACGAAAUCAGAGCAAGAAAAAAUUAAGUAAAAAUCACAAAAACCAAAAGCAAAAACUGGCCAAGCCGCCGCAGCAGGGCCAGUUGAAAACCGGGCAGCUGACCACAUUCCAACUACAGCUAAAUGUGGAUAUAACGGUUAAAGCAACAACUAUUGUACAAAGAUAUUUAGAAUGUAAAAGUGAACGAA